AUGACUACCAAGAUAGUGCUCAUUACUUCCAUCUUGGACGAUAUCUAUGAUGACUAUAGCACAUUAGAGGAGAGCCAACUACUAACUGAUGCCAUCCAAAGGUGGGACUUUGAGGCUGUUGAUCAGCUCCCGGAGUACUUAAAGGACUUCUUUCUCAAGCUUCUAUUCGCUGUUCGAGAAUUCGAAACUGAGCUUGCAGCGGAGGAGAAGUUUAGGAUAUUUUACCUCAAGGAAGCAUUGAAGUCUCAAGCUAGAGCUUAUUUUGAGGAAUCCAGAUGGAGGGAUGAGAAAUAUGUGCCCACAUUAGAAGAACACCUGGGUGUUUCCAAGAUGAGCACCACGUAUCCCUUGCUUGCUUCUGCCAUUUUGGUUGGCAUGGGGGAAGUCGCAACCAAGGAAGCAUUUGAAUGGGCUGCCAGCUUUCCCAAGAUCGUCGACGCUUCUUCUGCAAUCGGUCGAAUAAUGAAUGACAUCACUUCGUAUGAGAGAGAAGGGAAGAGGGAACAUGUUGUCUCCACAGUACACUGCUGCAUGAAAGAGUAUGGAACAUCCAUAGACGAUGCAUGCAAGAAGCUCCAAGAAAUGGUGGAAGACGCAUGGAAGGAUAUAAACCAGGAGUGCCUCAAUCCGACCACAUUCCUCGCCCCGCUACUCCAAACGUCACUCUAUUUUACACGAAUCUUAGAGAACGUGUACAAGUACAUCGAUGCAUACACCGAAUCUAACACUACAAUGAGAGAGUGCAUCUCCUUGUUGCUUCUUCAACCUGUUCCUAUAUGAUCGUGUCAUCCAUAGUAUGAAGCAUUUUCCUUUUUGUAUCGUAAU